CACGAAUUGCGUUGUGGUUUUUCUUCGGUGUGCAAGCAAAGCGGGAAAAGCACAGCAGGACAGGGAAAGAGAGAAAAUCUAGGGCACGCUUCACUUCCCCGAGAAAAAUCUAGGGUUAUUGGAUUGUUGUGUAAAGAGGAGCUGUAUAGUUAAUCAGAUAAGAUGUCAGGGAGGAAAGAAACAGUAUUGGAUUUGGCUAAGUUCGUGGACAAGGGUGUUCAAGUCAAGCUCACUGGUGGUAGACAAGUGACAGGGACUUUGAAGGGAUAUGACCAAUUACUAAACCUUGUCCUGGAUGAGGCAGUAGAAUUUCUAAGAGAUGCUGAUGAUCCGCUAAAGACCACUGAUCAGACAAGGCGCCUUGGCCUAAUUGUUUGCAGGGGAACUGCUGUGAUGCUGGUGUCUCCAACUGAUGGUACAGAUGAGAUUGCCAACCCUUUUGUCCAGCCAGAUGGAGCCUAGUUAUAUCUUUGUUUAUAUUCAAAGCCGCUAACUUUGAAACUGUAUGCGCUUUUGGCCUGUCUCUCAUUUUAUUUUUUGAGAAUUGCCUCGUUACUAAGGAGGUAGCUGGUGAUGAGCUACUAUUUAGUCUACUCAUGUGCUCAUGAAUUUUUAUCUUCAGUGAACUCAAAUGGUAAGAUUGUUAUCUCACCCUAUUACCUAGUUGCCAGAGUUGUCUAAGAUACCAUAUAUUGCACGCAAUAUAGUUGUGCUUGCUAAGUUAUCCUCCUUCAAAAUAUAUGAAUUAAGUGUUAUUGAAA